UUUCCCCCACUCGGGGAGAGCCACCGACUGCCGGACAAAGUGCUUACGUUACAAUCAAAACAAACUGAUGUUUAUUUGAUUUUUCAUCGAUUUUUAACUGGGGUAAAUCGAUGUAAUUGUAUCUGGAGAUGACUGCACACGUUAUGUGCUUAACCUCCUCAGGAGGAAUCCCUUUGUUCUCGAGAAAAAGGGGGGAAGGGAGUGUUAUGACUUUUUCGAAGAUGGCAUCCCUCAGUGGCAUUCACAUGUUCCUGAAGUCCCAGGACAUAAAACUAAAAACCACAGAGAUGCCAGAUACAACGGUUGUUUGGAAGGAAUUCGCUGACUCGAUUACCCUAAUUGCAAUUGCCAGUGGCACUACCAAGACUGUCCUCGAGAAUUUCAUUCAUGCUGUCUUCAAUGCUAUGAUUCUCGUCGCCGGAAUCGACGAGAUAAAGAGCUCGAGGAAUAUCGAGAGGCUGAAGAAGGAGUUGAGGAAUUGCAAUAACAUGAUUGAUAAGUUGUUGGAUUGCUUGGAUAUCGGAAACAGGAGCUGUAGUGAGAUCGACCUAGUGACGAUGUCGAGUAGUAUAUUGUGUCCUGAAAAUUAUUUUCUUCAUAGUAGUCUAGAGAUGCUAAUGGAGUAUCUGGACUCCACUUAUGGCUGUAUUCUGAUCCAUGGUUGCAUGGCAGUGGGCACAGAUAGCUGGCUCCAGCUAGACCCCAUCGAGAAGAAAUUACUGAUGAUGGCAGGCUCGAUGGACAGUACCUGCUCCACCUGUGAUCUCCCUGUAUUUCUCCCCAAGAUGAGUCCAAAUGUUGCCUUCAGAUUAAUAUCUGUAACUCUGAUAAAAGGAAUUCAAGUACUGGCACUCUGUGGACCUCGUCCAGACUUGAUAGAAGUGGAGAAAACUGUCAUUCAACACUGGAGAAAUAACGUAGACACGCUAAGAGCUGCUGAACAAGCCUACCCUCAGUGCUUUCCAGCUGAUCUCUCUCUGGAUCCAUCAAUCCUAGGAUUUCUGCUAGUGGACUGCAACAUUGGGAAAUUCGUAAUGGGAAGAAACUCGAACAUUCAAUCCACAAAUCAACAAAUGGGUACCCAACGACUGGACAUUCUCAAGACAUUUUAUUAUCAGGCAGUGGAGCCCUUCCUGUUCCCCCGAAAAAAUGAAACACCUGCUGGGGAGAAGAAGCCAAGUGAUUGUAAAAUGAUUCAAGCCAGGGAGACAUACUGGUGCUCCGAGUACCACAAGUGCCACGCUUUCAGGGAGAGAGACAAUAUUUUGUGCAUUCUCUAUCCAUACUCAAUACCGACCUACACUAUAAGACUGAUUACUCAAAAGACAUUGAAAAUACUCAUUUCCGACAAACAAACCUGCUGGUGAAACUCAUUUUUUUAUUGUUCGUCGUUUAUCAAUAAUUAUUUUUAUAACAAACGUUUUUCCAUUUUCAUAAAAAUAAAGAUGAUGAGUUUUUACGAAGAGGAAACACUGAGAACGUACUAAAAA